AUGGUCCGCGUCAAGAACCGCUAUCUGGUCGUCAACUUCCUCUAUCCAGCGUCCUCGACGGCCUCCAAGUCCGGAGACGCAACCCCAGAGCUCCUCCAAUUCCACGCACCCACGCCAGACGCCUUCCAUACCGGGAUUCUGCUGCGCGUCGUAAGGGAAGGCGUCGCGGAGCUCUUUGGUGACUAUGGCACGAGUAUGGCAGGCGCCGGACUAAAGGUCAAUUACUGGUCGCCUGCCACUUCCACAGCUAUUAUUCGAUGCCCCCGGGAGCACUAUGAGAUGAUAUGGGCUGCUCUCACUUUCAUCACGAAACUGCCGAAGCCAGUUGAUAUCCCCGUGAUCGUCCAGGUCGUCAGGGUGAGCGGGACUAUUAGAAAGGCGGAAGAGGAGGUCAUACGGAGGGCGAAACAGAUCAUAUGCAGGGUGAAAACAACAGAUGCUGGUGGAAAGAAUCCAAUAGUUGACAGCAUUGCAAAAUCGGUAGAGAAGAGGAGAGAUGCCGAGAAUGCGGUGCUGGCGCAGAUCGACGAAGCAGAUGAAAGCGAGAGCGAGAGCGACUAG